UUGUGGGGUUCAAUCAUCAGCUUUCAGGAUGCAAUUGUCCAACACGGGCAACGUGGGAAAUCCCAACUAAAAGCGUUUAAAAGAAAUCUCUCAUUUGAAGUAACAUGGAUUAAAUCCGAAACCCGUCCUCUUCUCUCUCUCUGCUUUCCCUCUGGACGAUACCCUGUGUCUCUUUCUUAAAAUAGCGGUAGAUCUGAGCAUUACAGGACGACGUUGAAUGAGAGCACAGGCAAAGAGAAAUGGAGUCAAAGUUUGCUGACGUUCGAGAACAAGCAGGUUGCUUGGUGUAAAGGCGAGGAAAAGAAGCCUGCUUGGUUUUGACGGAACUUUUACUCGGUUUGGAGGAGUCACGUCUCUGUGACUGACUAUGUGAAGGCUCGGGGAGGCUCGGUUGUGAGGCGAGACCAAUCAAAAUCUUGAUUCCCUGGGCUGACAGCAGGCAAACAGGAGAGGAUUCAUCAAGAUCGGGUCGAUUUUCCUAAAUAAUUCAGCGUAUUCACGAGGUUACGCAAAUUCGGAGGCAACAAAAUUACCGCAAUCAGUCGAAACACAGAGGGCUCGUCUAUGGCUCUGAUUAUGAGCAGCUCAUCUAUCAGCCUGAUGUCUUUGUAACAAGGAAAGGGGGGCAUUGAAUUAUCAUCGAGUUUCACUGAGACGUCCAAGAUCAUUGGGCAAGGGAGUUGGUCAGUGAUAAUUGGGUUUCCUCGGUUGGGCGGUGGAAGUAUUCCAACAUUAGAUAGCUGACGUUACCUUGCUGAAAGGUGCUGUAUUGUAACUAAACCCAAACUGGUCAGAUGAUCUGUUGCGCCGUCUUCUCUUGAAACCUUUUCUUUUUUUUUUCAAACGGGACAAAGGGAGGGAAAAAAAGAGGCGGACAAGCUGCAGGUCCAAGAACUGAGAAUGGAGGUCAGGUACAACCAAGACACGGAAGGAAUGGUGCUGAAGAAUGGACUUAAGGAGGGCAAAGACGGAAAGGAAUCACAGGGCAGUUUGUCCAAAAGCUUUCUGAAGGAGCAACAGAGCUCUUUUUCCUCCUCUGGGACCGUGGAAAACUGCGAGAAAAACAGGGGGAGCACCGGAGACCCAGACUACUGUCGGAGGAUACUUGUGCGAGAUGCGAAAGGCUCCAUCAGAGAGAUUAUCCUACCAAAGGGUUUGGAUUUGGACCGGCCCAAAAGAACCCGUACCUCUUUCACUGCAGAGCAACUCUACAGGUUGGAGAUGGAGUUUCAGAGGUGUCAGUACGUUGUGGGAAGGGAGCGAACUGAACUCGCCCGUCAGCUCAAUCUAUCUGAAACUCAGGUCAAGGUUUGGUUCCAGAACCGGCGCACGAAACAAAAAAAAGAUCAGGGGAAAGACUCAGAGCUCCGCUCAGUGGUUUCAGAGACUGCGGCAACCUGCAGUGUCCUCAGACUGCUAGAGCAGGGUCGGCUGCUCACACCCUCAGGCCUGCCAGGCAUUUUGCCACACUGCGGUAGUAGCACUUUGGGUUCAGCCCUUCGCCCCCCCUCCAUCGGCAUGGGCAACAAUAGUGGCAGCGUCGGAGGUAGCAGCGGAGCCGCUGGCGGCAGCCCGACUCUACCCGCCGUCACCAGCUCUGGGACGGUGCCAGGCCUGCAGAGCUCGGCGGCAGCUCACAGCUUAUUUAGCUUCCCAAUGCCAUCCUUACUUAGUGGCGUCGCCAGCCGCAUGUCAUCGAACCCGCUGACCGUGGCCAGUUCGUUAGCAGGCAAUUUGCAAGAACUCUCUGCCCGCUAUCUGAGCUCUUCUGCUUUUGAGCCAUACUCGCGGACCAAUGGCAAAGAAUCCAUGGACAAGAAGAUUUUGGAAUGAUACUAUGUUUUCAUGUGGAAGUCCACUUGUUCCUCUGGAAAUAUUUGGUCGCGUUUCGGCUUAACCUGUCUUUGUUUUAGUCAGUGUCUCAUCUGUCUGUGUCAUCAUGUUCUGUGGUAUUUUAGAUGCAAAGUACAUACACACAUAUCAUGUAGACAUUCUUUUGUGUGGAAUGGUAAGGAUGAUGUGAUUUCGAGAGACAAUUCAUAAAGGGAGUAUAUUUUAGAGCUUUCAUUAAAAAAAUAGAAGGAACAUGCAUAAGGUUUAAACUGCCCAUAAAAGACAUUCAUUGCAGUGUAAUAUGAUUGAAUUGUAUUGGGUCAGUCAAACAAGACACUACACAUGAGUAGUUGUAGAGAAAGAAGCCGUUUUGUGUAGCAAUAUGUGAAGUGAAGCAAAUCACAGUCACCAGGUCUCCAAGCUGUCUUGUAUAUUCAUUUGUAAGAAAAUUGUCUUCAACAAAAACAUUCAAGAGAUGUAGUUGCCAUUCAGCAAAAUCACUUAUUGUCCCUUCAACGGUUUAUUGAAGACUGGAAUAUUUUUUUCCCCACCGCGUCUUUGCCGUUUUUGUCCUCAAGUUGCAGUACCUAACCUUUACUUUUGAUCAUUUUUUUCUUGCCUGUGAUUUCAGUACCAUUGUGACUUUUGUUGUAUAGUCCUUAAGAAAAGCUUUGCUUUUCACCAUCGGUGUGCUGCUCGCUGUGAUGAUCACCAAAAUGGGGAAUGGUUUAUUAGCCUUGAAGAUGUCCCUUUAGCUCCUUUGUGGAAUCAGUAGCCAUUAAGGCAGCCACACUUGGAGAAAGGGUGAAAUGAUUGUACUAAAAAGUACUGCAAAAGAGAGAUGUACUUUUAAAAUUGUUAUUUUAUUGUAAAUUAUUCAAUUUUCUAAUUGUUACAUUAUUAGUAUAUCAAGUCAAUCAAGAUCGAAUGAAUGUACUGAAUGGAUUGAGUAAUCAGUUAAAAGCUAUUUGGUGCUGUACUGUGAGA